AAUAACAUACAUUGUGAGUUUCACCGACUACCCAUCAACGACAAAAAUAAAGUUCUCUCUCUCAUGGUCAUGGGAGCUUUUUCUAUAUCGGUUGCAUUGCUAUUACUUUCUCUUUUUCACCAAGUACAUUGUGAGCAUUCAUACAAGGUGGGACGAGUUGCAGAGAGUACUGGCUCAGGCUGCGACCUUUACCAAGGGAAUUGGAUUUUCGAUACAUCAUACCCUCUUUACGAUGUAUCAAGCUGCCCAUUCAUUGAGAAGGAAUUCGAUUGCCAAAAGAAUGGCCGCCCAGACAAAGACUAUCUCAGAUAUAGAUGGCAUCCCACUGGUUGCAACUUGCCAAGAUUCAAUGGUGGAGAUUUGUUGUCAAGACUUAGAGGGAAAAGACUAAUGUUUGUGGGGGACUCGCUGAGUUUGAACCAAUGGCAAUCACUGACUUGCAUGCUUCAUAGAGCUGUACCAGCGGCUAAAUACAGCUUGACCAGGACUGGGGACAUCUCCACAUUCACAUUCCCGGCGUACAAUGUUAAAUUGUUGUUCUACCGCAAUGCAUUCCUUGUUGAUGUUAUAAGCACAAGUGAGGGGGCUGUUCUUAACCUAGAUUCAAUUGAAGGCGCAAAAGUAUGGAAAAGAAUGGACGUAGUGAUCUUCAAUACAUGGCAUUGGUGGACACACACAGGAAGAAAACAACCAUGGGAUUUUAUUCAAGUUGGGGGUAAGAUAUACAAAGACCUGAAUCGCUUGGUUGCAUUCAAACUAGCGUUGAAUACAUGGGCUAAAUGGAUAGACUCCAAUGUCGACCCCACAAUAACCAAGGUCUUCUUCCAAGGUGUUUCUCCAGAUCAUUCAAAUGCAAGUUUCUGGGGGGAACCAAAUGCAAAUCAAUGCGCAGGGCAGACAAAACCAUUGCUUGGCAAUAAUUAUCCAGGAGGUCCACAUCCAGCAGAGCUGCUGCUAGAGAAAGUGCUAACCACCAUGUUGAAGCCGGUCUACGUGCUCAAUGUUACAACCCUAUCGCAACUAAGAAAAGAUGGGCAUCCAUCAGUUUAUGGACAUGGUGGACACAGGGACAUGGAUUGCAGCCAUUGGUGCCUAGCCGGAGUACCUGAUACUUGGAAUGAACUUUUAUACGCAGCUCUCAUUGUUAAGAACUAGAAUAGUCUAUUAUUUUAUUUCUCAAAAUAAAAGAAAAAAGAAUAGUCUAUUAUUUUCCCCACAAGGAAUAAAUUGUACAAUUCACACUGCGAAGAAAUCAAUAAUUGUCGACAUGAAGCCUAUGUAAGAAUUGUUGCCGGGCCUACAUAGAAUUUCACAAUUCACGUGAAACUAUUUACGAAAAAAGUAACUAUCAUGAGGGUCUCUAUGGAAUUUAUUUUGGUGCUGAGAAAACAAGGGGGCUAAGGGCCAAAUCCAUUUCUUAUGUUUAGUUAUAUUAUCAUUA